GGUAGACAUAAAACAGAAUAAAGUUAAUGACUAGCACAAAUGAGAGAGUUUAGGUAGACUUUGACAACCUUAAUAAAACAUCAUAUCUUCCAAAACACAGCACACCAACGCUUUGAAUAUAUGCCCUUCACCGUCUCUUUGGAAAUAUUCCACUGUUCCCUUUAUUAUUUUAACUCUUCCAAGCCACUAGUCCACACCAUAGACCAUUUCAUGCUCUGUUGCCUUUACUCUUUGGUCAAUGAUCAAACACCAUAUCAUAGCCUCCCCCUCUCCCCUUCUCUCUCUCUCUCUCUCUCACACAACACACAAUUUCAAGCACAAUGACCAUUGAAGAACCAGAGCCAAACCCCACCUCAGAUCACAUAUUAGAUUGGUUAGAGGGUUCACUACUAUACCUUCCAUCAUUCCUCGAUGAUCCGUACAACUCUGGAGAUAUCAAUGGCGAUUCAUGGUGGGCUCAAGGCCAAGAUCUGGACCAAGAACUAAUCAAUAACAGUUCUAUCUCUUUUAACAGCAACUCCCCCAUAACCACUGCCCCUAGCACACCUCCUGCAAAUUCUAUCAUUUCCAAUCAUCCACCGCUGUAUGAUUCAUCAAAGAAACGAAAAAUAUCUGAUGACUUGGUUCCCAAGGCGUCCCAGAACCUCAGAAAGAAUCAGAACCGUAGGGACAACGACGCGGAGGAUGUGGAUGCAGUUGUUGAACAAGGGAUGGCAGUUAAGAAAUCAGUUGGAACUAAGAGGGCAACAGCCAAGUCAGCAGGAAAUAACUGUAAUAACGGUAAUUAUAAAGAAGGAAGGUGGGCAGAGCACUUGCUCAACCCUUGUGCUGUAGCCAUCACUUCUGGAAACUUGACUCGUGUUCAGCACCUCCUGUAUGUUCUCCAUGAGCUCGCCGCCUCCACUGGCGAUGCCAAUCACCGCCUUGCCAAUCAUGGCCUCCGAGCACUAACCCACCACCUAUCCUCUGGCUCCUCCUCUGUUUCAGCAGGUGCCAUUGCUUUUGCUUCUACCGGACCAAAAUUUUUCCAGAAGUCCCUAAUUGAUUUCAAUGAUGUUAACCCCUGGUUUCGCAUUCCAAACAGCAUCGCAAACUCCUCAAUUCUUCAAAUUCUCGCAGAAGAAGAUCGCCCGCGAAAUCUUCACAUCCUUGAUAUUGGAGUCUCUCAUGGUGUUCAGUGGCCAACACUCCUAGAGGAAUUGACUCGUCGAUUUGGUGGGCCACCUCCACUUGUUCGCCUCACUGUUGUCACUCCCACCAUCGGCCUUAAUCAAACAAGCGAUAUUCCAUUUGCAAAUGGUCCACCCGGGUACAAUUAUUCCUCACGGCUCUUGGGGUUUGCCAAGGCCAUGAACAUCAAUUUACAGAUUAAUAGGCUUGACAACCACCCACUAGAGAAUUUGAAUCCCCAAGUUAUUAACUCCUCCAAUGACGAAACAUUAGUCAUUUGUGCUCAGUUUAGACUCCACAAUCUGAAUCACCACACCCCAGACACAAGAACUGAGUUCUUGAGAGCAUUGAGGAGUUUGGAGCCAAAAGGCAUGAUUUUGAGCGAAAACAACAUGGAUUGUAGCUGCAACAACUGUGGGGACUUUGCAACAGGAUUCUCGAGGAGAGUGGAGUACUUAUGGAGGUUCCUAGACUCAACAAGUGUAGCGUUUAAAGGGCGUGAGAGUGAAGAAAGAAGGAUGAUGGAAGGAGAGGCCGCCAAGGCAUUGACAAACACUGGUGAGAUGAAUGAGAGGAAAGAGAAGUGGUGUGAAAGAAUGAGAGGUGUUGGGUUUGUUAGGGAGCUGCUUGGAGAGGAUGCCCUUGACGGAGCUAGAGCAUUAUUGAGGAAGUAUGAUAGUCACUGGGAGAUGAAAGUCGAAGAGAAAGAUGGGUGUGUGGAAUUGUGGUGGAAAUGGCAACCUGUUUCCUUUUGUUCGCUAUGGAAGUUAGAUACCAAAGCAAAUGGCAGUUAA